CUUACUCGACGCGUGUGGGUCUGCUGUCAAUAUUCGACAGGAACUUCUUCCCUCGCAAUGAGAAAUGCAACGACAAGAUACCUACCUAUGUGGUGUAUCCUGGAUGUUACUGAGUAAUGCCUAGGCGAGGUCAAACCUCUAAGGCAGGCGGUACCAGACGGCAGUAUCCCUGAGAGUUUGUUGUUCCCGAAACCAUCCCACCAUCACACCUUCGCUGUCGAUUCUGCCAACCAAAAUGCCAAUGUUCGACGCCUACAUUGGCCUUAAGUGUUAUGGCGGUCGAUACCGCAUCUUCUAACAGCUUUGUUCACCCCUCUUUGACGUCUUCCCUGACGGGUAAAGCCUCCCUGUCGAGAGUAGCACGGAUCAUCGAAAAGCACUCCCACGGAUUGGGACAGGAUCCUUGGACGGAGUACUCCCUAAGUCUCGGCGAGCAUGAUGGAUUGCAGGAGCAGGUUGAUAAGAGGAACAAUCUGUUGAGACGCAGAAAGAUCCGAUAUGACUAUGAGCCGUUCAAAUCGCGUUUAACUAUCCGUAUGCCGUCUCCUCUCCACGACACAUUCUGUGCCAAGGUGGUUCGUGACAUCAUAUCGCAGCUUGAAUCGGUUGUAUUAAACGGGGGACAUGGCGCCGACUUUGCUAAAGAUGUCGACUACUUUGCAUCAUCUCAGAUAGACCUCCCUUAUGACUCAGCCGAUGACAACACAUUAUAUGCUCGACGCGAGCCAGAUGCAUCCUUCGGUCAUCCCAAAGCGCGAUAUCCCGGAGUGGUGAUUGAAGUUUGCUAUUCGCAAAAAGGUCGACGUAUCCCCGCCCUCGCGGAUGAUUAUAUCUUGAACUCUGAUGGCAGCAUCAAUGCUGUGGUCUUUCUGGAUAUAGAGUACCGGGGGAAAGAAGCAUCAUUCUCCAUCUGGCAGCCAUGUUUUGAAAUUGUGAACGGAGUAAAGGAGCUAUCUGCGGCAUGUGUUGACAAACAGAUGUUUCGCACAAUAGAUGGCCUUCCUGCGGAGUCAACACCAUUGAGAUUAAAUCUCAAGGACUUCGCGACCGAGGAUGAAACCGAGGGGUAUGCAGAUCUUGACCAAGAAAUUACAAUAUCUGCAAGGGACCUGUGUGAUUAUCUAAACGUUGCUGAGUCACGACAGGCAGCCCAGGAGCGACAUGAAGGGUCUGUCAAAAAAAUGCCCACGGGCACACGAAAACGUCGUCGGGCCGAAACUCCUCCUGACGAGAUUAACUCGGAGGAUGAGGCUGUUUUUCAGCCAUUAGAGGAGUCUGAUAGGAAGCGUCAUCGUGACUCUGAUUAUCACCCAGAUUCAUUGUAAUGUGUCUGAAAAGGCCAAUGUAUAUAGUCCAGAUUGAACACCUGCUUCGGAAACUGAGACCGUGUGUGCCUCUAGCAUGGUGGUAUAUAAACGAACUUAUCUUGGACGGACGGCAACUCGAGGGGUCUUGGGUAAAGAAUAGAGAACAGGACAUCCAACAGCUC